CUGCAGAGACAGCCGUGCUGUUCCCGGAACCAGGCUUCUGGGGUGCACCCACCCCUCAGAGAUCAUCCAGGCAGGCUCCAAGGUCCAGGGGCACACUAGGUGGGUGCUAUCCCUUCUGGGUGCUGACAGCAGAGCCUGGCUCCCCUCUGCCACCAUGAGCGGCUGCUCCAAAAGAUGCAAGCUCGGUUUUGUGAAAUUUGCUCAGACCAUCUUUAAGCUCAUCACCGGGACCCUCAGCAAAGAUAAGAUUGAAGACGAGCUGGAGAUGACCAUGGUGUGCCACCGGCCUGAGGGACUGGAGCAACUUGAGGCCCAGACCAAUUUCACCAAGAGAGAGCUGCAAGUCCUUUAUCGAGGCUUCAAAAAUGAGUGCCCCAGUGGUGUGGUCAAUGAAGAGACGUUCAAGCAGAUCUAUGCCCAGUUUUUCCCCCAUGGAGACGCGAGUGCCUAUGCCCAUUACCUCUUCAACGCCUUCGACACCACCCAGACGGGCUCCGUGAAGUUCGAGGACUUUGUGACUGCGCUGUCCAUUUUACUGAGAGGAAGUGUCUAUGAGAAACUAAGGUGGACAUUUAACCUAUAUGACAUCAAUAAAGACGGAUACAUAAACAAGGAGGAGAUGAUGGACAUUGUCAAAGCCAUCUAUGACAUGAUGGGGAAGUACACAUACCCCGUGCUCAAGGAGGACACGCCAAGGCAGCACGUGGACGUCUUCUUCCAGAAAAUGGACAAAAAUAAAGAUGGCGUUGUAACUUUAGAUGAAUUUCUUGAAUCCUGUCAGGAGGAUGACAACCUCAUGAGGUCUCUCCAGCUGUUCCAAAAUGUCAUGUAAUGCAGGACGGCCAGCCAUCCAGCCAUCGGCUCUCAGACACUGUACUCCACAGCCACCGUAACACCCUGGCCUGCCCUCCUUCCGAUUUUUCACACCAACCUUGGGACAGAACUCCUUUUACACUUGGGAAGA